CGGACGCGGAGGUGGAUGAUUCAGCGACGACGACGUCGUCGACGGCUGCACCGCCACUGGCGUUGGCGGGUAUGGCUUUGCCUUUGCCUCUGCCUUUGCUUUUGCAGGUGCAUUUGGCUUUGGUCUUGGCGAUGAUGUUGUCUGUCUUGGCUCCGGCGACAGUGUCGGAUUUAGAUCUGUACUGGCUCUUGGCCUUGCCUUUGCCUUUGGACGUGGACUUGCUCGCGGUCAUGUUCUCGUCGGUUCCAGCGGGAAAUGCGGUACCAGCAUCAGCAGAAGAGGUCUCGCUGUUCUAGGGCUUGACAUUCUUGCUGUGCUUUCCCACCUUGUUAUCAGAACCACCCUCGCGGACGAAUUUGCUGCCCUGGUCCUGCUCUUCCUCGUCAGAAUCGAACACGAGGUUGCCACGCC